CUCAUACACUAUGUAUGAAUUACGUAACCGAAACGUUUCUGUUGGUUAGUUCCUCGGUCAGUAGUAUCGUAUUGGCAUUAUCGGACAAUCUAGUCCAUAAUUUUAGCGUGUGUCAGUAGUAUAAAACAACUAUUGUGUUUUGUGCACGGGCAGGGCCAAAAAAGAGAACAAAAACAUACAACAAAGAACUCUGUCGAGUUCCAUAACCAUUCCCCUCUAUUAACCAUGGAGAAACGAACUUCGUGGACUUUUGAAAGCUGUGUCAACUUUCGAUUCACUCAAAACAAUUGUCAAGAUUCACAAAACGAAUAUCGCCUGUCAGAUCCUAAACAUGACAUAAAAUAACACGCUUUUGGCAAUCUUCGAAGGACUCAUGCAGAACUGCAAGAACUGAAAAACUAUGCCGAUUCAGUUCCUUGCUGAAAGGAAAAUGAUGACGCGUGUAAUCAGCAUAAACGAACGGAGAAUACAUCGCAGUGACAAGUGACGACGGCGAUAAAACAACAUGAAUUAUUAAGAGGUUAUCGAGCGCCGUUUAACCGACACACCUGCUGACCGCCUAGGGAGUUCAGAUAUAAUUAGACCGAAUCUACACGAACAUAUAAACUGAACUCCGCUUUUGUUUUGCAAAUGACGAGGGAUCAAACAAGUAAGAUGAGAUGGCAAACUAAUGGUUUCAUUAAGGUUCUUUGCAGCCGAAAGUAUUUCAGGCUGCUGUUGUUGUUUACCUUAACUGUUUUUAUCGUUUUGAUUACGUCUCUUCUCGAAGAGGGUGAAUCGUUUACGCGUGAAUUUCAUGGAAAUAACAUUGUCGAACUUGGACAAGCGCAGUCGCUGAAGAGCAUUGUGUCCGCUAAUGUCAGAAGAAAACGCAAGGUUAACCAAACCACGUUAAAGAUGGAUAACCAUCAGAACGCCAACUUGGAACCUAUGCAACAGUGCCUCAGCUGGUGUAACAAAGCAAAUACAGGUGGUCGCUAUUUUCUAAGCGCUGUUUUACUUGUGCGAAUUUACUCUAGUGAUCUUGCUAAGCUCAGCACAAGAGAGUUGAUGCAGUGGCUUUACUACUUGAAGUACGCUGGCUUUGAGCACGUUUACGUGUACGACGCUUAUGUUUUCAAAAACGAAUCGCAAAAGAAUGCUCUUGAAUUCCUCAUAAAGGAGGGCUUCGUUACCUAUGUUGACUGGAGUCACAACGCGUAUCCUUACUCAGUCACUGGCACUCAGGAAAGCGCGUAUCAGCAUUGCUUGGACAAUUGGGGCAAUGAAUCCAAAUGGCAAGCAAGCAUUGAUAUAGAUGAAUAUCCAUUUUGUACUCAAGAUACCAAGCCUAAUUUCUUGCAACGUUUUAUCGCUAAUUUUUCGAGACAACGACCUGAUGUCUCGCAGAUUACCAUGCAGAAUUUCCUCUUUCUCGGUAAACCACUAGGUGAUAAGGAACAUCCGCUACUUAUCGAUCGACUCAAGCGGAGAACACCCAGACCUGCAAAUACUUUAGUUAAACCCAUCUACAAGACAAGGCAGGUAAGAGAAACACACGUUCAUCAUCACGACCUAAAACACGGCAUAUCAGAGGACGCUGAUAGAAAUCAGAUAAGGCUUAAUCAUUACUGGGGAGCAAGACUUCAAAACUGGGGUGAAGACACGCCAGAAAUUUUGGACAAGACAACGGAAGACAACACGAUAAAAGGAAUUGUAGAAACCCUCAUUAGCUGUGUUCGUGUUUGCUUGCCAAAUGAAUCCAUAAUUUAUACGUUUCGCUGGAAUUGAGUGCUUUUCGCGUUUUAAAAUCGUGUUUCUCCUCACAUUAUAACGUGGAACUUAAGACAUUUGUACAACCACCAUAUUAGCGCCAAAUGAUCGAUUGUUUUGAUUAUUUGUCUCUCGUGUUUUCAGAAAACCAAAGAGAAAUUCUAACCUCAAAACACCAAUAAAACCGUAUAAAACAUUCAAAGGUUAUUAACUGCUGAAAACGAACUCAAAAAGAUAUCUCCACAUGUCGUCAUUUUAAAGCGUAAUUAAAACACAAAGACCACCUUUAUUAAGUAUUAAUGAGUUGCAACUUUUAAAAACAUGCCUCGAAAGCACCAGUUGUUGCGUUGUGAGGGUUGAACUGAAUACAUAAUCAAAAAGCGAUUUAUGUACCAUUAUUUUUUCCCUUUUGUCUACAUGGUUAAUGUUGAAGGACACUAAAAAAGAACUCAAAUUCAGCAGCGAAGCUGUUUUCAAGAUUUCGCGCGGUCAUUUUUCCUCCCGCUUGCGGCUCGCCUCUCGAUCGAGGGACUGAAAAAACGAGGAAAUGCUUAUAGUUUGUUAAAGAUGCAACAAAAUGUUUUGAAGGACGUGAAAGUUGAAUUAUGUGGGAGUUGCAGCUGUUUAUGCGCCUUAAGCACACUAUUUUCUACUCCGGAACAGAUAUAUGUGGUGCCAAUCCACAAACCGCCCACAGCAAAAAGGAGUCAAAGCAGUUGAAAACAUUUCAAAGAUUAAAAACAGCAUAUAUUUAAACAUAGGCACGCAAGGCGUGCAAGAGUUAUUUUUUUCUGUGAAGUUUUGGAGAUAGA